GACGGGGCGUGGCAGGGCUUACUCGCGGGCUGCCUGGGGCUCACCGAGCCCAGGAACGCGAGUUUGCGGGGUGUGGAACGCGAAAUCCUGGGGUGGGGGCGGUCGGGUGCAGGAGAUGGCGGCGCGAUGGAGCAGCGAGAACGUGGUGGUGGAGUUCCGUGACUCCCAGGCGACGGCGAUGUCUGUGGACUGUCUGGGACAGCAUGCCGUGCUUUCCGGCCGCCGAUUCUUAUACAUCGUUAAUCUAGAUGCCCCUUUCGAAGGUCACCGAAAGAUCUCUCGCCAGAGCAAAUGGGACAUUGGAGCCGUGCAGUGGAACCCUCAUGACAGCUUCGCACACUACUUUGCAGCCUCGAGUAACCAACGGGUCGACCUUUAUAAGUGGAAAGAUGGCAGCGGGGAAGUCGGCACCACCCUGCAAGGCCACACUCGUGUCAUCAGUGACUUGGAUUGGGCCGUGUUUGAGCCGGAUCUCCUGGUUACCAGCUCCGUGGACACCUACAUCUACAUUUGGGAUAUCAAAGACACAAGGAAGCCCACGGUUGCACUGUCUGCUGUAGCUGGUGCCUCACAGGUCAAAUGGAAUAAAAAAAAUGCUAAUUGCCUCGCCACCAGUCAUGACGGGGAUGUGCGGAUAUGGGACAAGCGGAAACCCAGCACGGCGGUGGAGUAUCUCGCAGCGCACCUCUCCAAGAUCCAUGGCCUGGACUGGCACCCAGACAUUGAGCACAUUCUUGCUACCUCCAGUCAGGACAACUCUGUCAAGUUCUGGGAUUACCGCCAGCCUCGGAAAUAUCUCAGUAUUCUCCCUUGCCAGGUGCCUGUCUGGAAGGCCAGAUACACUCCUUUCAGCAAUGGAUUGGUGACUGUGAUGGUCCCCCAGCUUCGGAGGGAAAACAGUCUUCUCUUGUGGAACGUCUUUGACUUGAACACCCCGGUGCAUACCUUUGUGGGGCACGAUGACGUGGUGCUGGAGUUCCAGUGGAGGAAGCAGAAGGAGGGGUCCAAGGACUACCAGCUGGUUACGUGGUCACGGGAUCAGACCUUGAGGAUGUGGCGGGUGGAUUCCCAGAUGCAGAGGCUUUGUGCAAAUGACAUACUAGAUGGUGUCGAUGAGUUCAUUGAGAGCAUUUCUCUUCUGCCGGAACCAGAGAAGACCCUGCACGUUCAAGAUACAGAUCACCAGCACAACCUGAGCCACGGGGAGGAGGAAGUCUUAAAGGAAGACCCCCCGAGCAGUAUCCUGGAAGAGAAGAAAUCGGAGCAGCCGGGGCUCCCGCAGACUCUGCAGCAGGAGUUCUCCCUGAUCAACGUGCAGAUCCGGAACGUCAACGUGGAGAUGGAUGCGGCGGACAGGAGCUGCACGGUGUCCGUGCACUGCAGCAGCCACCGCGUCAAGAUGCUGGUGAAAUUCCCCGCGCAGUACCCCAACAACGCUGCCCCUUCCUUCCAGUUUAUCAACCCUACAACCAUCACAUCCACGAUGAAAGCGAAGCUGCUAAAGAUCCUGAAAGACACUUCUCUGCAAAAAGUGAAACGAAACCAGAGUUGUUUGGAGCCCUGCCUGCGCCAGCUCGUCUCCUGCCUGGAGUCUUUUGUGAACCAAGAAGACAGCACUUCCGGCAACCCCUUUGCACUCCCAAACUCCGUCACUCCCCCCUUACCAACGUUUGCCCGGGUGACCACUGCCUACGGGUCGUACCAGGAUGCCAAUAUUCCCUUCCCUAGGACCUCGGGGGCCAGGUUCUGCGGAGCAGGGUAUCUGGUGUAUUUCACAAGGCCAAUGACGAUGCAUCGAGCAGUGUCUCCAACAGAACCUACUCCGAGGUCUCUGUCAGCCUUGUCUGCUUAUCAUACUGGCUUGAUUGCGCCCAUGAAGAUCCGCACAGAAGCCCCUGGGAACCUUCGUUUAUACAGUGGGAGCCCCACUCGCAGUGAGAAGGAGCAGGUCUCCAUCAGCUCCUUCUACUACAAGGAGCGGAUGUCUCCUCGCUCUGCCCGGCGACGUUGGUCCAUACAAGCAAUUAACGACUUCCCGAAAUCCAGGAGAUGGAAAAGCAAGCGUGAGGGGUCAGACUCUGGCAAUCGACCGAUCAAGGCUGCCGGAAAAGUUAUCAUCCAGGACACUGCGUGCCUUCUUCCUGUUCACAAAUCCCUGGGGGAACUGUACAUAUUAAAUGUGAAUGAUAUUCAAGAAACAUGCCAGAAGAAUGCCACUUCUGCCUUGCUUGUUGGAAGGAAGGACCUUGUCCAGGUUUGGUCGCUGGCUACAGUCGCUACGGAUCUUUGCCUUGGUCCCAAGUCUGACCCAGAUUUGGAAACGCCCUGGGCUCGACAUCCAUUUGGGCGACAGCUGCUGGAGUCUCUGUUGGCUCACUACUGCCGACUCCGGGACGUCCAGACAUUGGCCAUGCUCUGCAGCGUGUUCGAAGCCCAGUCUCGGCCUCAGGGAAUACCAAACCCCUUCGGACCCUUUCCCGGCCGGUCGUCUAACCUUGUGGUGUCCCACAGCCGAUACCCCAGCUUCACGUCCUCGGGCUCCUGCUCAAGCAUGUCAGACCCAGGGCUCAACACCGGUGGCUGGAACAUAGCGGGAAGAGAAGCAGAACAUGUCUCCUCACCUUGGGGAGAGUCUUCUCCAGAAGAAAUCCGCUUUGGGAGUCUUACCUACAGUGACCCCCGUGAACGAGAACGUGAUCAGCAUGAUAAAAAUAAAAGGCUUCUGGACCCCGCCAAUACCCAGCAAUUUGAUGACUUUAAGAAAUGCUAUGGAGAAAUCCUCUAUCGCUGGGGUUUGAGAGAGAAACGAGCUGAGGUGCUGAAGUUUGUCUCCUGUCCUCCUGAUCCUCACAAAGGGAUUGAGUUCGGUGUGUACUGCAGCCACUGCCGGAGCGAGGUCCGCGGCACACAGUGUGCCAUCUGCAAAGGCUUCACAUUCCAGUGUGCCAUCUGCCACGUGGCGGUACGAGGAUCAUCCAAUUUCUGCCUGACCUGCGGGCAUGGUGGGCACACCAGCCACAUGAUGGAGUGGUUUCGGACCCAGGAGGUGUGUCCCACCGGGUGUGGAUGUCACUGCCUGCUUGAAAGCACAUUCUGAACUUAUGGACCAGGGAAGUUGUUGCCAAUCCCAGAGGACUCCAUGAAUGUUGGAUGACAAGCUCUUCACCAGAAGGGAGGCUCCAGCAAGCCAUUCCCGACCAGACUGGAGCACGUACCCCUCAAAGACUGCCACCGCACCACCACUGCAGUAGAAAAGUGCACGAGCUUUUGCUUCUUUUCCGUUUGGCUGUUGGUGGCAUAGAGGUCACCGGGAAGGAGGGGACAGAUGUGCAGAGCCAUGGAGCCAGUGGAAAUCUUCCUGAAGAAAAGCACCUGCCUCCAGAGCCGUGUUUACCUUCAAGGUGUGAACCUUAAACCACUGAACAGCAUCCUUUCUGAUGCCAUUUCAGACCAAGGUUGGAUACAAAGAAUGGUCUCCUGAGCCAAAGGACAGUGGACAUUAACUCAGUUGAUAAGGGAGUCUGUGAUACAAGUUGGUACGUUUCAAUGAACUGAUGGAUAGUAGCCUUUUAAAAGUGACACUUAAAUUAUAAAUACAUGAUGUACUUAAGGACUGUAAAGAUGUAUCUUAUGUUUGUUAUUUCUCUUCAAGCUGCUCUCCCUUGGCUAAUAAAAGUCAGGUCAUUGUUUGGAGAAUUAAAAAAAGGAGAUGAUCGAA